GAAAAUAGUUGCCCCAACCAACUCUCCCUCCAAUAGUCCAAAACAAAUUCUUGAAAAUUUCGCAGUUGGCACCAAAUGGAAAUAUUGUGCUACAAACUGCAUUCCUCCUCAACACCCUUCCUCUGCCUGUAUCUACUGCUCCUGCCGUGUUUUCUUCUACCGAUGGCGCAUGCGGUGCAUCGUCAUGGUGGAAUCUCACUGAGGUCUCAGCAGAUGGCCCUCCUCCACUGGAAAUCUACUCUCCAGAGCACAGGGCCGCAGAUGAGGAGCUCUUGGCAGGCCAGCACAAGCCCCUGCAACUGGACCGGAAUCACAUGCAGAGCUGCACAUCAAGCUAUGUCCUGGGUCAUCACCAACAUCUCCUUGCCAGAUGCCGGCAUCCAUGGCCAGCUUGGUGAGCUCAACUUCUCAUCUCUUCCCUUCCUCACAUAUAUUGAUCUCAGCAGCAACAGUGUCUAUGGCCCAAUACCCUCAAGUAUCAGCUCUCUAUCAGCACUCACCUACCUUGACCUUCAACUCAACCAGCUCACAGGAAGAAUGCCGGAUGAGAUCAGUGAGCUUCAGAGGCUCACCAUGCUUGAUCUUUCGUACAACAACCUCACAGGCCACAUCCCUGCAUCCGUGGGUAACCUGACGAUGAUCACCGAGCUCUCCAUUCACCGAAAUAUGGUCUCUGGUCCCAUCCCAAAGGAGAUAGGAAUGCUUGCCAACCUGCAGCUUUUGCAGCUGAGCAACAACACGUUGAGCGGCGAGAUACCAACAACUCUAGCAAAUCUGACCAACCUAGAUACUUUCUAUCUAGAUGGUAAUGAACUGUCAGGGCCUGUACCACCAAAACUCUGCAAGCUGACCAACUUGCAAUAUCUUGCUCUUGGUGAUAACAAACUUACUGGUGAAAUCCCCACAUGUAUAGGCAAUCUCACUAAGAUGAUCAAACUCUAUCUCUUUAGAAACCAAAUAAUUGGUUCCAUUCCCCCUGAAAUAGGCAAUCUCGCCAUGCUCACCGAUCUUGUUCUCAAUGAAAAUAAAUUAAAAGGUUCCUUACCCACAGAACUAGGCAACCUCACUAUGCUGAACAAUCUUUUCCUCCAUGAAAACCAAAUUACUGGUUCAAUACCCCCAGGACUAGGGAUCAUAUCAAAUCUCCAGAACUUAAUCCUGCACAGCAAUCAAAUCUCUGGCUCUAUACCUGGCACCUUAGCGAACCUUACCAAGCUAAUUGCACUGGACCUCAGUAAAAAUCAGAUAAAUGGCUCUAUCCCCCAGGAGUUCGGCAACCUAGUGAACCUUCAACUUUUGUCUUUGGAAGAGAAUCAAAUUUCCGGCUCAAUACCGAAAUCUUUAGGGAACUUUCAAAACAUGCAAAAUCUGAAUUUUCGUAGUAACCAAUUGUCGAAUUCUCUUCCUCAGGAAUUUGGAAAUAUCACAAACAUGGUUGAGCUAGACCUAGCAAGUAACUCCCUUUCAGGGCAGUUGCCAGCAAAUAUAUGUGCUGGCACAAGCCUCAAACUUUUAUUUCUGUCUUUAAAUAUGUUCAAUGGCCCUGUUCCGAGGAGCUUGAAGACGUGCACAUCGUUGGUUCGACUUUUCCUUGAUGGCAACCAGUUAACGGGAGAUAUAUCCAAACAUUUUGGUGUGUAUCCAAAACUCAAAAAGAUGAGCUUGAUGUCCAAUAGGCUCUCUGGGCAGAUUUCACCAAAGUGGGGUGCUUGUCCAGAAUUAGCUAUUCUAAAUAUAGCAGAAAAUAUGAUCACAGGCACAAUACCUCCAGCUCUGUCUAAAUUGCCCAACCUAGUUGAACUAAAACUCAGUUCUAAUCAUGUAAAUGGUGUGAUUCCACCAGAAAUAGGGAAUUUAAUAAAUCUAUAUAGUCUGAAUUUGUCGUUCAAUAAGUUAUCAGGAUCCAUACCUUCGCAGUUGGGAAACCUGAGAGAUUUAGAAUACCUUGAUGUUUCCAGAAAUAGUUUGAGUGGACCAAUACCUGAGGAACUUGGGAGAUGCACCAAACUACAGUUACUGAGGAUCAACAACAACCACUUCAGUGGGAAUUUGCCUGCCACAAUUGGAAAUUUAGCAAGCAUACAAAUCAUGCUAGAUGUUAGCAAUAACAAACUUGAUGGUUUGUUGCCGCAAGACUUUGGAAGGAUGCAGAUGCUGGUAUUUCUAAAUUUAUCUCACAACCAGUUCACUGGAAGAAUUCCGACUUCCUUUGCAAGCAUGGUGAGCCUAUCAACACUUGAUGCGUCAUACAAUAACUUAGAAGGACCACUACCAGCAGGGCGACUAUUUCAAAAUGCUUCAGCAAGCUGGUUUCUCAACAAUAAAGGUCUAUGCGGUAAUCUCUCUGGCCUGCCGUCUUGUUACUCAGCACCUGGUCACAACAAAAGAAAGCUAUUUCGUUUUCUGUUGCCGGUUGUUCUUGUUCUGGGUUUUGCCAUUCUUGCUACAGUUGUUCUCGGAACGGUGUUUAUUCAUAACAAGAGAAAACCACAAGAAAGUACUACAGCCAAAGGAAGGGACAUGUUCUCUGUUUGGAAUUUUGAUGGAAGAUUAGCAUUUGAGGAUAUUGUCAGGGCAACAGAAGAUUUCGAUGACAAGUACAUCAUUGGAGCGGGAGGUUAUGGCAAGGUCUAUCGAGCACAACUCCAGGACGGGCAGGUAGUUGCUGUGAAGAAGCUUCACACAACUGAAGAAGGGUUGGGUGAUGAAAAAAGAUUUUCAUGUGAAAUGGAAAUCUUAACACAAAUCCGACAACGAAGCAUUGUCAAACUGUAUGGAUUCUGCUCCCAUCCAGAGUACAGGUUUCUUGUCUAUGAAUACAUAGAGCAGGGAAGCCUCCAUAUGACCUUAGCUGAUGAUGAGUUAGCUAAGGCAUUAGAUUGGCAAAAGAGGAAUAUUCUUAUAAAGGAUGUAGCUCAAGCACUAUGUUAUCUGCACCACGACUGCAAUCCACCAAUAAUUCAUCGAGAUAUAACCAGCAACAACAUCUUACUUGAUACAACUUUGAAGGCUUAUGUCUCAGAUUUUGGUACAGCGAGGAUUUUGAGACCUGAUUCAUCUAAUUGGAGUGCGCUAGCUGGUACAUAUGGCUACAUAGCUCCUGAGCUGUCCUAUACAUCUUUGGUGACAGAGAAAUGUGAUGUGUAUAGUUUCGGCAUGGUUAUGCUAGAGGUAGUGAUUGGGAAGCACCCAAGAGAUUUAUUGCAGCAUCUGACUUCAUCAAGGGAUCACAAUAUAACAAUCAAGGAAAUCCUGGAUUCACGACCUUUAGCACCAACAACGACAGAAGAAGAAAACAUAGUUUCCCUCAUUAAGGUGGUGUUUUCUUGCUUGAAAGCUUCUCCGCAAGCAAGACCAACAAUGCAGGAGGUCUACCAGACACUAAUUGAUUAUCAGACUUCUAGUUUUCUAUCCAAAAAUUGCAGUCGAGUUAUAUUGGAUGAGCUAUGGGAUUCAUAAGCAACUAGGUAUUAAGGAUUACUUUCCCAAUUCAUUCUCAUAAGUAGUAUCAAAGUUUUAGUAAAUUCAAAAUCAUAUAUUGCAGUACCAACAAAGCCCAUUCAUAACAGCACUGAAUAAAUACUUGCAUGAACUCUAUUUUAAAUUGGCAAAUAUGUCCAAAAUUGACUAUGUUUGCACAAAAGUCAAGGUAAAGAAUUAGAUGACUUAUGUUAUGCUACAACAGUCAAAAGGUAAAAUGAACGAUUCAGUGACUAUUGUACAGUACUCAAUUUGUGACUCAUUCCGACAAGCACCGUUCA